AUGGACGACAUGCAUAACACCUCGCACGGAGACCAUCACGGGGGCACCGAACACGGGGGCCAUCAUCACGUCGGGCAUCACCAUGGCGGCUGCAGCGCCACCACGGGGCCAUACUCGUUGGGGCUGCAUGUGGGAGCCAUUUUUAUUCUUUUGUUUGCGUCGUUUCUGGGGACGGUUAUCCCACUUGCCGGGAAGUAUGUGCCGUGUCUGCGGCUGAGCCCAUUCUUGUUUGUUCUCGGCAAGUGUGCGGCGACUGGCGUGGUGCUGGCCGUUUCGCUACUUACCAUGAUUCAUCACAGCAUGCACAGCUUUGCAGAGGAUUGUAUACCCAAAGGGCUCCAUGCUGAUACGUAUGACGCGUUUGCAUUGCUUUUUGCGAUGAUUUCGGCGAUGCUGAUGCAGUUGCUUGAUGUCUUGUUGGACGGCAUGCUACAGAGCUGGUCAGCUUGCGAUGCUGGAGCCCACACCUCGACAACUGUGGGGGAACCGGGAAAUGAGCAAAAACAAGACGGCAGAUGUGCGGGCUCAUGCGGUAUGGAGGGAUGUGGAGAUCAGCCGGGACCGAGUUGUGAAAUGGGAGGGUGUUGCCAGAAUCGUGGGGCCCUUUCUGCAGCUCACCUAAACAGUGCGAGACGUGUUGCUGCUGCGAUUUUAAUGGAGUUUGGUUUGGCUUCGCACAGUGUGUUUUUGGGUCUUUCUGUGGGGAUUGCAAGUGACAAGGACAUGAGGACGCUGCUUGUGGCGUUGUCAUUCCACCAGCUGUUGGAGGGGAUAGCGCUGGGCUCACGACUGGUGGAAGCCUCCAUGAGUGUCAUGCUUGAAGUGGUAAUGACAAUGAUCUUCUCCGUCUCCGUACCUCUGGGCAUCGCGAUUGGUGUCAUCACAAUGAAGGGGACGCAUACCUCCAUGACGGGCCCGGCGUUUGUGGCACUGCAAGGGGUUGUGAACGCCGUGGGCGGCGGCAUGUUACUGUACAUUGCAUUUUCUCUUAUUUUUAACGAUUUUCCGGCAGACAUGCGGAGUGUCGCUGGGCCAACCGUGGCGCAUUGUGGCUGGAGACGCUGUGCAAUGUUUGCGGCUUUCUGGGGGGGAACGGCUGCCAUGGCUGUUCUUGCCAACUGGCACUAG